AUCAUCGCCCAAAGUACGUUCCUCACCAGUAGUAAGAAUGGCGCCUACAAAGUUAGUUGUAUUAGGAUUGUGUCUUGUUUUUGGGUUCGUUUCCUCUGAACGAAUCCGCUACGACAAUUAUCGAAUAUAUCAAGUUAAGCCGCGGACUUAUAAGCAUUUACGGUACCUUACCGACUUAGAAACAAGCAGUGAUAGUAUAAAAUUCCUCAACCCUGUGACCGUUGUCGAUAAGCAUGUGAACGUCCUCGUGGCUCCUCAUAAAACCGCAGAUUUUGCAAAUUCUCUGGACCGGCAUGAACUCUUUUUUGAACUCGUGGAGGAGAACUUCCAAAGGAUACUGGAUGAAGAACAGAAGGAUUUCAAGAAACGUUCUAGCACCUAUGACUGGACUGGAUACCAUACCCUCAAUGAAACCUAUGAUUGGCUAAGGUCGAUGCAAUCAAGGUUCCCAAGUAAAAUAGAGAUGAUUGUGGGAGGCAAAACGUAUGAAGGACGUGAGAUUCUUGGAGUCAAAAUUUCAUUCAAAUCGGGAAACAAAGGAAUAUUCAUUGAAGGAGGAAUCCAUGCUCGUGAGUGGAUCUCUCCGGCAACUGUGACUUAUAUCAUAAAUGAGUUAGUUACAAGCACGAAUGAGGAGAUCCGCACCAUGGCUGAGAGCUAUGACUGGUAUAUCUUUCCACAUGUGAAUCCAGAUGGAUUUGUCUACACACAUACCACAGAUCGUUUGUGGCGGAAGACAAGGUCACCAGGAACAAGAUGCUACGGGGCCGACGCAAAUAGGAAUUGGGGCUUCGAGUGGAUGACAAUUGGAGCUAGUUCCGAGGAGUGCUCAGAAACUUAUGCUGGUAAAUCAGCAUUUUCUGAAAUUGAAACGAAAUCGCUCUCCGAAUAUGUCGCAAGUCUUAAUGGAAAAAUCCAUACUUACUUGUCUUUCCACUCAUUCUCACAGUUGAUGCUGUAUCCUUACGGUCACACUGACGAGCCUGCACCAAACGAUGCCGAUCUUGCUCAGAUUGCUGAAGCAGCUAUUACAGCCUUGGCCAAACGAUAUGGAACUCAAUACAAAUAUGGAAGUACAUAUUUGGCAAUUUACCCGGCUGCCGGUUCUAGUGUUGAUUGGGCUUAUGGGGCCCAAAAUAUCCCAGUGGCAUAUACCUACGAACUAAGGCCAGCGUCUUCAAUAAACGGAUUCGUCUUGCCUUCAGCACAGAUUAUCCCAACGGCGCUAGAGACGAUGGAUUCACUGAUUGCACUGACCAAAGAAGCAGCAUCGCUUGGUUACUUGUAAACUAGUUGAAUAAAAUUUUGUUAAAACCACCAA